AUGGCCGAAACUCCGAACAUCGACCGCAGCUGUAUCAGCCGGAAUGACUACAGCGAGCGUGGUAAUACCGGCCCGCCUACCACCACCCGUAAUACUCCGAAGCCGAAGCCGAAGCUGCCUCGGGCGAGGGGCAGGAGUACGACGACACGGGCGCCGACGGUUGGUACAGCUCUGCAGAGCGAUGCGGGUGCGACGGCCGGGGAGAACGGAGGGUCGUCGUGCCAGUCGAUCCGAGUCAACAGCAAUCUGGAAAAUAGUGGCAAGGCAGACAGGUUCGAUGAUAAUGCUACUGUCACCAUCAGCCAGAAACUUGACGAGUUUGAUCAGAAGAAGAAAGAUAUCCAGUCAAUCGAUUCAUCGUCGACCUCAUCAGCCUUCAAACCAUCCCUGCUUUCCAUCGCAACCACCUCCCACCCUGCCGAUAACCCCAAUGAAGACCUACCAUCCACCGCCGGACCCUCAGCUUGUUCGGCAUCCGAAUUAGCUGCAACCAUCCAUCUUCGCCACCAUUCCGUCGAUCCACAACCAAUCAACGACCAUCCUCAGCUCAGGUUCAACCCUAUCGUUCGUAUCAUCCCCAAUCCAGAUGAAGAGAAUUCGUCCGAUGAGGAAAAUCAUUCUCGGCGUUCCAGGAGUCGUAGCAGAAGGAGACCCGUUCGGCUUUGCACCAAGAAAAUCGCUUUACCACUCAACAUCUCAACUAGUUCCCUCAUCGGAAUCGGCCACCACCACAAUCACUCCAACGCCUCACUAACUGCCAACUCCCCUUCAGCUGUCGUAACCAGCCGGGAGCUUUUUGCUCAAACACGAAAAGAGAUCGACGAAGACGAACAGUUCAUUCCCGAUGUCCCUCGUUAUCUCAACCUCACCCUUCCUAGCAUUACCCGUCAACCCAACAGAAGGGCACUCAGACGGGAAGAGAAACACCGAUUGGAGCGAUGGAAGCAAAUGGGCGGCAAUCAUAAAUCAAACCUCAAACCCAGCACGCUCUCCAACCUGCAUCAUCUAUCCCCAGGUCUUCGAGAACGACUAAACAACGCAACUGUCCCAGUUCAACUAUCAACCAACACGGCGAUCAACUCGAUCGCCUCCUCGAUUUCUCCCAACGAUGACUGGGAACAGCAGGCUCAGAACACGCCCUUCUCCAAGCAAGUCACAUCGGUGGACUCGAAUGCUCAAGUUAUGAAUUCAGAACCUGUUGGUCCGAUCUCACCACCAACACCUGUCACAACUAACGCUCUCAAGCUUACAUCACCCCAGGCCUCAAACUCAGUCGUCGAUCAAAUGAUCCCCGCUGAGUCUAAAUCAUGUUCUCCAUUAGAAACAAACGGCCGUAGGAUCUCUCGAUUCAAGUGGUUUGGUCAAAAAGCGAGAUCCGUUCGACUAGAUAGGCAACAAAAUGAUGCUGGAGAUCCUGGGAAAGCUAACACCUCGCCUCCUGCUGGAUCAAUCGGCGAUUCGCCGGGUGCUUCAUUACAGAAAUCACCAACUCAUAUCUCGUUUGGCCGACCAUCACUCCCAGUUACACCGGAUCAAUCGCUUCAAGGGGCCCCACUCAAGCGGGUAUCCACUCCUCGAGUUCUAACACAAGGAGCGAUGACUUCUGGAGCCCCGCUACAGAGAACGGCGACCCCUACUACCCCUUUCCUGAGACCGUCUGCUACACCACUACAAGAUAGCUCUGCUCUCGGCGCCUCAUUGGAAAAAUCUUCAACCCCCGGUGCCGCUUUACAACGAUCCGCCACGACCGGCACUCGCCGCAGCAAACCUACCCAUAUUGCGUUUUUUAAGAAACUCACGAACUGGCGAAAAACACCACCCCCAUCAAAUCACACAGAGCCAACCACCACUUCCACUUCAGAGUUUGUUGAUGAUGUUAUCAUCAUCUCAGCCAAUUCUCCCCCUUUUGCCAACAGCUCCAUCCAAAACCUGUCAAACGUUAGUCUGAUGUUGGCACCGGAAGGCAAGACCAAGCCAAACUUUGCGACUGACAAGUGGGGAUCCAAGAAAGAAGUUCCAUUGCGUGAAUGCUGUCAGGUCUGUCUGAGUUCUGCUAACAUCGAGACCGGUACGAACCAUGAAGACCAACUCUCAGCAGGUGCAUUGAAGCAUUAUCACAAGAAAAGCUGGAUUUUACAGGAUACCCUAAGGCAAGGUGGUAUUCCGUCUCAACAGAUAAAGCUCAUUUCUGCAGAACUCGGCGCGCCUUAUACCUCUUGGAUUUCUCAACUCCCAAAUCCUUAA